UUGCAAUCAUUACAAUUUUUUAAUAAAAUGGAUCGCAGUGGAAAUAGUGAAACAAGUGGAAAGUGCAAAGAUGAUAUGAAGGAAGCAGAUAAGGUUGAAGUUAAUCUUUCAGUUGCAGUAACAAGAGGAAGAAUGUCUGAUAUUGGCAUUGGCAGAGGACGUGGCCGCGGUCAUGAACAACAGGCAGCAAGAGACUCUUCGACAUCAGGCAAACGUGUGUCAGAAGGUGAUAGCGACAACGGAAAUCGAAAGCGAGGUCUGAUGCGAGAUAAUCGUGUUCUGCCAAGUGCUCCACUAAAAACGAGACCUAAAUGUGCUGAGAAUAGCAAGGAAGGAGUAUCGGGAACGCCUGUUGUCCUUAAAGCCAAUUAUUUUAAGGUUAUCCAGGGAAAAGAUUUCCAAGUGACGCAAUAUCAUGUCGAAUUCAAUCCAGAAAUCGAUCUUGCUGGAAUGCGAAAAGCCUUUCUUCGCCAACAAGUCGAUUAUUUAGGCGGAUAUGUAUACGAUGGCCAAAGCAUUUUGUAUACGACACGAAAAUUGGCUCAGGAAGUUGCUGAAUUCAAAAUCACAUCCAGAGAAGGAGUUCAGUAUUCGAUGACGAUUAAAGCUACUGGUGUUACUGUUGAUAUAAAUGACCAUAAAGUGUCCCAAAUUUACAAUAUCAUCUUACGCAGUGCAAUGAAUGGAUUGAAUUUGCAAUUAGUGGGUCGUCACUUGUACGAUCCACAGAAUAAAGUGAGCCUCAGAGAAUUUCAUAUUGACUUGUGGCCAGGUUACAUUACAUCCAUUCGUCAACAUGAACGAGAUGUUUUGGUUUGCUGUGAAAUUUCGCAUAAAGUUAUGCGACAGGAAACAAUUUAUGAAAUUCUUCGCGAUCAUAAGAGUCAAGGAGAUCGGUGGCAAGAAAAUUUUAAAAAGGAAGUCAUCGGAUCCGUUGUUCUCACAGAUUAUAACAACAAGACUUACCGUGUUGAUGAUGUUGACUUUGGUUCAUCACCAAGUGCAACAUUCGAAAAAGGAGAACAUAAAAUGACAUUCUUUGACUACUACAAAAGCAAAUAUCGCGUUGAUAUUCGAGAUCGCAAUCAACCGAUGUUAGUCUCGAAUCCAAAGGCUUCUGAUGUUAGAGCUGGUCGCACUGGAGUGCUUCUUUUGGUUCCUGAAUUAUGCCGUGCAACAGGCCUUACUGAUAAACAACGUUCAAAUUACACGAUGGCUCGUGCAAUGGCAGAUCAUACUCAGAUGCCUCCUCAAACUCGCUCAGAACGUUUAACGGAUUUACGUCGUCGCUUAGAUCAAUCACUUGAUAGCAAAGCUCAAUUGGCUAACUUUAACACUGACAUUGAUCGCAGAAUUGUCACUUUUAAUGGUCGAGCAUUGAAACAAGAAACGAUGUUGUUUGGUGGUGGACGAACAUCUGACAAUGAUCAUACAGUUGAUUGGACAAAUCCAAUGAAAUCAAAUCAGAUGUUUCAACCACUUGCACUUCAACGCUGGGUCUUCGUUUAUCCCACCCGAAAUGCUCAAGAAUCGCAUAAUUUUUUGAAAUUAUUGCAAGAAGUUGCUAAUGGAAUGCACUUUGAAAUGUCAGCACCUAAAAUGAAGGAAUUGCCGGAUGAUCGAGUUGGAACAUAUCUGAAGCAAGUCAAAGAAAUUGUCGCCAUGGAUCCGAAAUUAAUUUUGAUUGUUUUGUCGAACAAUUCAGCUGAUCGUUAUGCUGGAAUAAAAAAGUUGACUUGUGUUGAUAAAGCAAUUCCAACUCAAUGUGUCGUUUCACGUACGAUGGUGCCAAAGAAAAGCGGAAUUGGAGGAGUGAAAUCAAUUGCAACGAAAGUCUUAAUUCAAAUGAAUUGUAAACUUGGUGGUGCUCCAUGGAUGAUUAAAUUCCCAAUGAGAGGAGUCAUGACAAUUGGCUUCGAUGUCACUCACGAUACAAAAAAUCGUGCAAAGUCUUAUGGCGCCUUCGUUGCCAGCAUGGACUUGAAGGAAAAAGUUGCUUACUUUAGCGCUUGUUCACCACACAAAGAUGGCGAAGAAGUUUCAGCAAACAUUUCUAAUCAUCUUGUUGCAGCUUUGAAAGCAUACAAAGAUUUACAUGGAACGAUUCCUGAGCGCAUUUUCUUCUAUCGUGAUGGAGUGGGCGAUGGACAGAUCGAAUUUGUUUACAAGAAUGAAGUCAAUCGAUUGAAAGAGAAAUUGACAAAUGUUUAUGGAGCGUUCAACAAACAACCACGCUUUACAUUCAUUAUUGUAAACAAGCGAAUCAACACUCGAAUCUUCAUGGAUAAAAACAAUAAAUUGAUGAAUCCUGUCCCGGGAACUAUCGUCGAUCACACGAUUACUCUUCCUGAACGUUAUGAUUUCUUCUUGGUCAGUCAAUCGGUUCGUCAGGGCACAGUUGCACCAACGAGCUACAAUGUCAUUGAAGACACUUCAGGAUUGUCACCUGAUCAAAUUCAAGUCAUCACAUACAAAAACACUCAUUUGUAUUAUAAUUGGAGUGGAUGUACUCGUGUACCAGCAGUUGUUCAAUAUGCCCAUAAACUUGCUGAACUUGUUGGUACACAUUUGCAUGAGUCACCAGCUCAUUUCAACAAUCAACUCUACUUUUUGUAAAUCGUUUCGAUGAUUUAAAUUUUCUGGAACUUAUUCUUCAUUAUAAAAUAUUUCAACCAAACAUUUUCAGUUCCAGCGACUUUAUUAAACUUGUUUUUUCUUCCUUUCCACUUAUGGACAUACAAAAAAAUUUGUAAAUCAUAAUUUGAAUCAUUUCCUAAAAAAAAAUCUUAAUUUCAUUUUUCCCACUUUUGGACAUCAAAAAUAAUUUGUAAACCACAACUUUCAAUAAUAUCAAACUUUUUCUUCAACAAAUAAUCAUAAAAAUGUUAAUUAAAUGAAAGGUAUUCAAUAAAAUAUUUGCAAAUAUAGAUAAAUAU